CAUGGCAACAAUUUUUUAACUGUCAAAUUGUGAACAUGGCUGAUGCAGCAGCAGCCCGUAGGGAAGCCCGGAGAAGGAAAAUAUUAGAAAAUUCUCAUAACAGGCUUCAACGUAUAUCCGGAAAAUGCGAAGAACCGAUUCCAAAAGAAUCAUCUUUUCAGACCAUACUUCCAGACGUAAGUUACGAAGUUCCAGCAAUAUCAAGCAGUGCCACAACUACUAGGAGCAACAGUUCUCUCAAUAAUGGUGUCGUGGUUCAGGCACCACCAGUGGCGGUGUCGACACCGAGUCCUAUUUAUGAAGCGGACGCGGCAGGCGACAGUUUAACCGACGUAGCCAAUGACUUGGCAGCUUUAAUGUCGCCAGGAUCACAACCAGCAAACACUCAACAAGUGUCUCUUUUGGAAAAACUAGUACUGUAUAAGUAUGAUGUAGUGCUAGUGUCUUUGCUUGUCCAACUUCUGUACGGUUUCUCAUUGUUGACAUUUGAUGAGACAUAUUUUUUCUUGCCCUUGGUGGUUUACGUCGUUACUAAGAUGAUAUGGUUUCCAGCACCAAGCAGUUCCAACUUUGCUAACGCUUUACUUCUCUUAAAUGGAAUAUCAGUGCAAAGAGUGGAACGAAUUAUGUCCGUGAUGCGCUGGGUGAGCAUGUUUUCUCAGGAUGUCUGUGUGUACCUUUUUACCACGAUUUGUAUGCAGGCCCUUAGUCACACUAUCACAGAUUCUUUAAUCACAUAGUAGAAAUUGACAUUUAUAAUUUUCCUGUUAAAUUUUGGGCAUAUUAUUGACUGAACAGUUCUAACAUUAGCAUUUAAUAAAUAGAAAUGUUCCAGAAUUUUGAUUGCUUGUGCCUUUAUACAUAAGUGAGAAUUUGUGACAUGUGUGCGUUUUAGUCACAUAUUGCCAUUUUAGUUUAAUUAGGACAAUAUUGUACAUAGUAAAUGACAAACAUUCUUGUUACAUUAUUUGUAAAUUUCAUUUUGCUCAAUUAUUUUUUCUUUUGUCUACACUACACUAAUGCAUUUAAAAUAUUGUAUUUUUUAUACUUAUUAUAAUUACAAUUAUACUCUGAUAUAUUUAUUAUGAACAUACCUAUGAAUUACUAAUGUUUGGAGGCCAAAUUAGCAACUUGUAAUGCAAAUCACAUCUAGGCUAGUAUACCUGCUCAUCUCAUUUCAUAACAUUGUAAUGUCAUGUCAAUGAGCUUGGUUAUACUAGCUUUCCAAUAUCAUAAACUAUUUUCAUAUCUUGAAUGCAGAGGUGAAAUGAUUUGUAAAUAAUUAAGUUCGGCCUGAAUUGAUUGAUGGCUUAACACUGACUACCGAGAACCCGCCUGGUAGGUACUCGUAAUGUUUGCUCGCCCAGAGGGUUGUUUUGUACGCGGAUAUAGACGACCGGUUUCUGGGGUAGUGCGCCGUUUUUUGCCCGGUUGCGAAAGUGUUAACUGUUAUCAAUUGUAAUUGCCAGUUUUGUUCCAAUUUUGAUGUAUGUAACAUUAAACUAUUUGGUAAUAGCAAUAAUAAUCAAUUUGGAAAUAUUUAAUAUGAUGGCAGUUUGUGACUGUAGUGGGAAUGGGACAUAAAAUAUGCAUCUAUUGCGACAGAAAGUUCAUUAUAACUUACUGGUUACUUUCUGUCUGUACAAUGUCAAUGUAGUUUUGUUGGUGUUUAUAAUAACAUUAAUAACUGCUUAUUAAUACUUCUUCAGGAUCAGGACUUUACUCUUCAGGAUCAAAAAUUACUAUUUGAUACCUAAUUCACUAGUAUAGAAGGUUUGACAACAAAGAAUUAAGCUGAACUUUUAAUGUACAAAUUAAAAAGUAAAGGAAGUUACAGAAGGGUUUCUGUAACUACUGUAUGUACGUCUGUGUGACGAAGCCUUAACUGUAUCAAUUACAAGGUUGUAAUUGAUACAAUCACAGGCGCAUUUUCCGGAUGCGCCUGUGUGACGGAACCUUUAAGUAUAAUUAAUUUUACAAUGCCUUUUAUUUUUAUUACUUGACACUUUAAAAGCCAAUAUUAGCAUUCAGCAGUAUAUUUUGAUAGCCUGUUAUUGGUAUGUACUAUUACUGCAUUUCUUAUAUUAUACAUUAGGUACAGUAAGAAGCAAAAGUUAAUAUUCCACCGGUCAGCUUAAUUCAAGUUGUACUAAAAAGGUCAAACAAUAAAAAAGUAUUUAUUUUAAUAUUUUGUAAUGCAUCUUUAAAAAUAAAAUAUUUGUAAUAUUU